AUGAAAGUAGCUGUUGUGGCCCUUAUUUGCUUCUUCUUCUUGAUCGAUCCACUCGUUUCAGCCACCGAAGAAAAGGAAAAUGCACCAAUGAGUGUCCAAAAUGAUGUGGUCGACUUGUUCCGCCGUGCUGAUGCCAUCGUCCAGCCUCCUGAUGCCCCGACUCUUGCAUUGGAAAUUAGGGAAACGGAUCACAUAGAUGAAAUUGCCCCUACUAUCGCAAACCUUUACAAUGCCUUCAAACAGGAGAGGACGACCCAAAAAUGGUUCUACUGGAUUUAUCUACACUCAACCCAUCGUCGAUACUACCGUCUUUUCAUUGUUCUCAAGCUCAUCAUCGAAGAUUUCCAGUCCAGCUCAAAGAUUAUACGAACGUGUCUUCAACCCCAACCAUCGCGUCCUCAAUCUUCAGGAUCAACAAUAAUCAAG